UAUUUAUGAGCACGCCAACAUUUUCUUCUUCUUCUUCUUCUUCUUCUUCUUCUUCUUCUUCUUCUUCUUCUUCUUCUGCUCCUCCUCCUCCUCCUCCUCCCGUCUUGACCACCACCACACCUCUACUAGACCAAAUUAACCCUCCUCCCCUCCAGAGCACACGGCCUUCCAGAAGCUUCUGCACAAGGGGUCCGACCGUCAGAGAGGCUUGCAGCUGCAGGCACAGGGGAAGAUCACAUGCCCUCGAGCACACCACCACCAGGGAAACACGAUCCAUCAACAAAUCUUUCCUCCGAUCCUGCACUGAGACCUUUUGCUACCACCAUGGGGACCAAUGCUAGUACUAGUAAUCUGACGGUGACGAGCCCACCGUACUAUUCAAAAGAUGCUUUCAGUAUCAGCUCGGGAGCUUCUCAUCAUCUCACUGGGAACAUGCUGCUCUUUGAUCAAGGAAGCUUGGUCCAGUACAAUGAUACCCUCAAGGUGGGUAAUGCUUAUACGAUGGACAUAGUGGGAUAUGGAUCCAUAAGCCGCCCCAGUCUCACUCUUCCGGAUGUCAGAUACGUGCCCGGGCUCAAAGUUAACGCCGUGUCCAUUGGGCAGCUUUCUGCAAUGGAUUACGACGUCUUCUUUAUCAAGAACGGGGGGUGCGUGGUGAAGGAGAGGCUUGGCGGCGAGGUGGUCGGCGAAGCCACCCUUUUGAAUGGCUUGUACAUGGUGGACUACCUGCGGAUUCCUCUAGACCGCAGCUGCUUACCCGACUACGAAACUGUUGAGGCUGCACUCGGGUUCUUGUAGGAGCUAGAGCCGCACUGCUACCCUGGGCUCUUCAUCACGGCCGGCAACUACAACAUUGGUCAUAUUAUGAGCAAUGCAUAUCUUUGAAGGCGCAAGGAAUGUGUAGCCUGUUUUGUGUCAGAGAAACAUUUUUAGCAUAUAUAAUAAUACAGUGCGUGCUAGUUUAUGGGCCACCUUGGAAGAGGGAGAGAGAUUGCCUCGGAACUAACACUGUUUUGAUUCUUAUUUGCGUUAAAUAAUCUUGAGGAUUUGGAACUUAA